GUAACGAUAUGCCGUCUCCAGUAAUUAUAUGCUCGAAGAUUUUUUUAACGGAUCACACUGUAUUUUAUUUUAAACUUGAAUUGCUCUCGAUUUUCCCUUUAUAACAAUACCAAUAAUACGUAAAUCCAAUUUGAGCAACUUUUAUAUUUAAAUGAAAUUAUAAUUAUUCCGCUUCAUUUCUGACAAUAUUAUAAAUUUAUCUAGAGGCAUUUUCUUUAGCUUCGUGGAAAACUCACCUGCAGUGAUGCCGAAACAGUGCCUGCACACUGUUUACCAAAUUGUCAGUCACUCUUGACAACCCUUCAAAAUAUCGAUCAAACUGUUCGAGAUUAUUUCUCUUAUAUUUACAGAACUUUUCGCUGUCUAGAAAUAAUUUUUACACUUUUGAAAUGCCGCCCCAACAACACGGACAUGAAGCAUCAAAAUUUAUUACCAGCAUUAACGAAGGCAUAUUUAUUUUACCUCCACCUCCACCGAAAUAUACGUAUGAAGAAUGGUAUUUAAACAACAACUUAAGAACCAGAACAUGCUUGGAUCAGCAAAGAUUAGCAGAUUCCGUAAUAGCCGAAAGCGACAGAGUUAUUGAAGAAAUUAAUGAAAGAAGUGAACACAAUAAAAAGGAAGUCGACCGUGCUAUCCAGGAAAAAAUUAACGAUAUUAAUUUUAAUGUAUCCGAGAUAGAAAGAACACGAAAAGAAGUUUGUAAAGAAAUGGAAAGUCUCACUGUAUACAGUGAUCGUAUAAAAAAUUGUUUACAAUUCGUGGAAGACACCUGCUUGAAAGUUUGCAACAAAUGUCUGAUACAAAGAGAAAGAAGGGUCGGUAUAGAUUUCUGUAUCGACGAUGUUGAAAGGGAACUGAAAAAAGAGAGGCGUGUCAUCAUGGGAGUCAUUCAAAUGUUGACAAGAACAUUAGAACAAGCAUAUGAACAGAGGAGACGUCUCAGAUCGACCUUCUACUUCAUGGAUCGUGAUCUUGAUGAUAAAGGUUUAACCAAGAAGAUCGACCUUUACAACAAAAGCAUUACUAAUACGAGUUUGAACCUAAGCAUCUACCACGGUUUUGCACCCUUAGAUCCUUCUAACAUUACUCUUCAAGAAUGGCAAAAAUUUUGUAUGGAUAAUAUUCAAAAUGCCUCCAGAGAGCUGACCAGUUGUCGACAGCUGCGCACAUACGUCGACACCCUUCUAAGACAAGGCGUCCAUGAUCUCUUAACACAAUAUAAUGCGACUAAUAACGCCUUCAGAAAAAGAAUUGAAGAACUGAAGGAGAACAAGACCAAAAUGGAGGUGCAACAUUCUGAAGUAAUGCGACUGGCCAAUGAAAUGGGACAAACCAUAACAAGACUUAAGAAGUCCUUGAGCGAAAAAGAAGGAUAUACCGGAUUGGCUCAUACAAGGUUAGGUACCAGAGCACAGAGGCAGGGCGCAGAACUUUGUAAAGAUCUGGUUGAACUGUCGCUAGUAAAAGAAGUCGCAGAUUUGAGAGCAAACUGUAACUUUUUACAACAGCGAUUGGCUGAAGCUCAUGCAUCGCUUAGAUAUCUCUUGAAAACGCAAAUACAGUUAGAAGAAGAUAUCAAUACUGAAACGAAUACACUGAAAAUUGAUGAAGUCGACUGCAUGACACUUAGACAAGCGAUGGAUUAUCAUCCUUUCUAACAUUAAUCUUUUUUUUUGGAAAUUUGUCUAACAAUGCUUAGUAAUGGUAACGGUAUUUUUAAUUUUACUUGAGUUGCUGAGUGGUGUAGAAAAAAUGUGUUUGUAG